AUGGCGGAAAAUCUACCAAAACUUCAAGCAUCACGAGCGGCCUAUCGGGCCCAUUUGACACAAACAAUCAAGAAGGUUACAAAUAUUGCAACGAAGGAGGAUCCCCUAAUGGACAGUGAUAUUACAUCCUUAAAGAGAAUCGUUGAUCAAUUAGCUCGGAAAAGGUCGAUUCUGGAAGAGCUAGAUGAGAAAAUCGUAGGGAUGAUCGAAGACCCAAAGGAACUGGAGAAAGAAAUAUUCCAAACCGAGGCAUCAAAGAAGAAAUUGACGAGACAGCAGCUCAGAUAA